UCUGCUGCGUUAUUAGUUUGUAAACACCGUACAAUCUGAGCGUAUUAAAUUGUGAUGAACAACAGAAUUUUAUUAAGUUUUUAUUUGCUCGCUAUUUCGAUUCAAUUAGUGAAUUCUCAAGAUGGUUUUGCAUCCGUAGGGGAAGGAACGACAGGAGGUGCUGGUGGUAAUACUGUCGAUGUUUGUACUGAAGAUGAAUUAACAACUGCUAUAAUUGAUGACACUCCUAGGAUAGUGAGAGUAGUCUGUAAUAUAACUUUGGAGCAUCGACUGUUUGUCGGUUCCAACAAAUCAAUUCUGGGUCGUACAGCUGGUGCGGGAAUAGCUUUUCAAGGCUUGAGAAUACAUAGCAAGAAAAAUGUAAUAAUCCGAGGACUUCAGUUUUGUUGCGCAUUUGAUCCUAGUGACGGAGUCACUGUUGAAAAUUCGACAAACGUGUGGAUUGAUCAUAAUGAAUUUUACUCUGACAUGGAUCACCACGAAGAUUAUUAUGAUGGACUUGUUGAUGUUAUUAUGGGCUCCGAUUUCGUCACAAUUAGUUGGAAUCAAUUCCGCAAUCAUUGGAAGACGAGCUUAGUUGGAAGUUCGGAUAGUAGAGGUGAUGUGGAUAUUGGACGCUUGCAUGUCACCUACCAUCAUAACUAUUUUCAAAAUUGUAAUUCGAGAAUGCCUUCGCUAAGAUUCGGAACGGGUCACAUUUACAACAAUUUUUACGAAAAUAUUGUGGAAUAUGCAAUUAAUAGUAGAAUGGGAGCUCAGGUACUUGUUGAAGGGAAUGUUUUUCGCAAUGCCACACUUGCCAUUACGACUAGCCUUUAUAGCAUAGAAGAAGGCUAUGCAGUUGAAAGGAACAAUGACUUUGGUGGAUCAAAUAAUAAUAUCACACAAGUUGGAACAUUUACCAAUCCUCCAUAUUCAUACCGAAUUGAUCGCACUUCAAAAAUACCGUAUUUAGUGCGACAACAUUCGGGACAAACAAUUUUAUUUUAAUUAAGAGUGAUAU